CUCGGGGGCACUUCCGGGAACAACCGGAAACUGCGAGGUAGGCUCGCGCACAGACAGAGAGUGGGGGGGGGGCGGUGUGUAUUAACUGUGACACAACCAGAGCGCGACAUACACAGACUGACCGUCAUUAAUAUUAUUACUAUCAUUAUUAUACAGAGAGAGAGAUAGGGGGGGGAGAUAUAGGGGGUGCAUUGAAUGUGACAGAUAUGGGGAGAUAUAGGGGGUGUAUUGAAUGUGACAGAUAUGGGGGAGAUAUAGGGGGUGUAUUGAAUGUGACAGAUAUUGGGGAGAUAUAGGGGGUGUAUUGAAUGUGACAGAUAUGGGGGAGAUAUAGGGGGUGUAUUGAAUGUGACAGAUAUGGGGGAGAUAUAGGGGGUGUAUUGAAUGUGACCGAUAUGGGGGAGAUAUAGGGGGUGUAUUGAAUGUGACAGAUAUGGGGGAUUAAAAGGGAUGAUUGUGACAGAUAUGGGGAGAUAUAGGGGUGGCUUGAAUGUGACAGAUAUGGGGGGAGAAAAUAAGAAUGUGACACAGAUGGGGAGAUAUAGGGGGUGCAUUGAAUGUGACAGAUAUGGGGGGGAUAUAGGUGUAUUGAAUGUGACAGAUAUGGGGGAGAUAGUGUAUUGAAUGUGGCCAUGGGGGAGAUAUUAGGGGGUGUAUUGAAUGUGACAGAUAUGGGGGAGAUAUAGGGGGUGUAUUGAAUGUGACAGAUAUUGGGGAGAUAUAGGGGGUGUAUUGAAUGUGACAGAUAUGGGGGAGAUAUAGGGGGUGUAUUGAAUGUGACAGAUAUGGGGGAGAUAUAGGGGGUGUAUUGAAUGUGACAGAUAUGGGGGAGAUAUAGGGGGUGUAUUGAAUGUGACAGAUAUUGGGGAGAUAUAGGGGGUGUAUUGAAUGUGACAGAUAUGGGGGAGAUAUAGGGGGUGUAUUGAAUGUGACAGAUAUGGGGGAGAUAUAGGGGGUGUAUUGAAUGUGACAGAGUGAGGUAUAGGGGGUGUAUUAUUGAAUGUGACACAUACAUAGAGUUUAUAGAGGGGGUGUAUUGAAUUUGACACAGACAGACAUAGAGGUUAUAGGGGCUGUGGUUUGAAUGUGACACACACACAGUCCGGCAUGGGUUGGGGUCUGUAUGAUGGAUCAGUUUAAUAUGCCAAGGGAGAGGGAUAUAACAAUUUCAAUAACUAGAAUGUAGAAAGUUCAGAGAGAGCAAUUGCAGGAUGUUAAACCUAAAAUGAACUCUCUACCAUAAUCUUUUGUUAUAGUUGAAAUUCAACAGUGUGUCAAGGAUUGUCACUAUGCAAUUGUUUGAAAAUUCCACUUUUUUCUUUUUGUUGAAAUGUAGACUCUACAGAACAGUUCUACUUUAAGAGGACCCCAUGUCUUUUCUUGUAAGUAAUUUGGAACACCGAGUAAUAUUUAGAAUGAAAUGAAUAUGUACCAAAUGUUAAAUUAGCACAACAGAAAUCACUAAACGCCCAAUUUGUUUUUAGGCCGAUUGCCAUGCUCAGUUCUCAUGAAUUCGAUUGUUGAACGACCUCUGUGAUUUAACAACUGACUAGUAUCCAAUUUGAGAUGAAUGGAUCCCUGCUAUUUGCAAAUAGUACUCAUUGCUGCAGUGAGAUUUAUGUCAUAAUAGUUCAACCAAAUUACAGCUAAUUAGUAACUUAAAGGGACGUUCUAGGCACCAGAUCCAUUACAACUGUAGUUGUUUUGGGGUAGCAAGUUUGUCCCUGCAGACAGAGCAGAGUAAAUGCAGCCUUUUCUGAGAAAAUGCUAUAUUGACUUUGCUGCCUAACACCAUUUCUAGUGGAUGCCACUCAAACAGCCACUAGAGGGGCCUCUUGUGGUCCCACAAGCUCCAAGCAGUGUGGAGAUGUUGAGUGCUCCCCAUAGAGAUGCAUUGAGAUGUGAUUUUUGCAGCAAUGCGGGGAGGGGGGGGAGGCUAAAUCUAGCUAGAUAUUAUAACACUCUGGCGUUGGGAACACGUUUGUAUUCCUAACGUUAGAUUUUUACUUAAUGUACCUGCUGCAAGGGAAAAAGACGCAACUAAUGUAAGAUCCAGGUUUCGGGGUGUAGUGUUGAGACAGCUUUAUGUGCAGCUCCCCUUGUUAGUGGAAUUGGAGCAGCUGAGUGAAGACAGUUUGGUUGCAAUUUGGCUCUUUGUGUAUAGCCUAAUCACUCAUCUUCUAGGGAGAUUCAGCCAAUUUCAACAGACAACUGAAUGGAAAUACAAGUGCAGAUUAAAUAACCAAACUUGCCAUUUGUGAAUUAUCGAAUGGUUUAAAACAGCUGCAUUCUGACAACCAAAUAGCAUUCAGCUGCCGGUCAGUUGCCAUUUGGUGUUAAGACCAUGAACAGAGUUUUAUUUAUAUUUAUUUUCUUUAACCAAGAAGUACUAGUAACAGAGUUCUCUAGGCACAUACUCGCCUAUUUCAGUAUUUUACUCAACAAGUAACCCUAUUUGUCUGGAAUGUCCCCAGAUGCCAGACAGCUUUCUCUCUUAUUCUGUUGUUUUUUUGUUGCAGCGCUGGGUGUCAGACAGGAUCCUGGUUGAUGGAUUGAGAGAGUUAGAGUUCUUUGGAGGUAAGUAUUCUCCUUUAAUUCUGUGUUUAGUUAAAGAUGAAUGCGGCUAAGUGCAAACUAUGAAUUCCUUUCACGGUAAUCAUUUUAAUACAUGUUUCUCUAUUUUCAUUGAGUUGUUGAAUCUUGAGAAUUGCUUGAAUUCAUGUUCUUUUAUUAAUAUCAGUAAAUAAUUUAAGUCCAUUGUAUUGCUGUGCAAAAAACAAACCUGUAUUAAGACAGUUAAAUUGAUAAUGCAAUGUAAAUGUGUGAUAUUAAUCUUACACCAAGCUCAGCGGAUCCUUAUCUACCUUCCUCCAGACCCGCAUUUGGGGGACUCUCGAAAGAAAGUAAGUGGGUCCCUCCAUUUUGUUUACACCAUCCAUUUGUAUGCGUUGCAUGGAGGACUUAGUGUAACAGGAGGCACUUUGGUGUGGGCCAACCUUGAAGAUUAUCCCCUUUUAACUUGGGCUUUGGUAAAACAUCAUGUUAGUUGAGUUAAACCACUUAGGCUUUAGUCUUUAACAUUAAUAUAAGUGUUUCUCAAACAGAGAACUGGCUGUGCUAAAUGUUCCCUUUUAACUUUUCUUGUGAACUUUCUGAGCACGGAUAUAGGUCAUUGUACUUUCCAUCAAGUUUUUUGUUUUUCACUUUAUUUUGUUUUUCAUCAUAAAAAUUAUGUUUGGCUAACAUUACAUUCCCUGAAUAAAAGAGUUUGUAGAUUGUGAGGUCAUUAUAAGGUGUCCACCUCCAUACCGAAAUACCGUGACCCCUCCUCGGUCAUAAAUAAACUUACUAUGGUCUGGUUCAGGCUUUCUCAAACUCCGGCCCUCCAGAUGUUGCUGAACUUCAACUCCCAUGAUUCUAUGAAUAAAAUAUGGGAAUCAUGGGAGUUGUAUUUCAGCAACAUCUGGAGGGUCGGAGUUUGGGGAAGCCUGGUCUGGUUAGAUGAAAAUGUGUUUGAAAUAUUGCUUUUAGACAAAUUGUUAUGCAAGGAAAAUGUAAAGUGCCUGAGCUACUUUAAAGGGGGCACUCUGAGCAGCAUGUCCAAAAAGCAACACACCCGACAGUUCUGCAUAAAGUGCUUUAUGACCCUAAACAAGCUAAAGUUUUUUUCUUUUAACACUUUAUGCAACGGGACCUAUAACUAAUGCACUUUUGAAAGAGCAUAAAAUGACACUUAUACAUUGGGUUUGCAAAUGCAUAGAUUGGGAGGAAAAAAAACAUUUAAAAUUAGGUCUUACUCUCACCUGUCAAUCAAUUCUUAGACUCCAUGCUGAAGAAUUGAUUAAAAAGGAAAUGCAGAUGACAACUCUCACAGGUGGUCCUUCUACCCUCCACACAUAGCAACCACAGUGCAUGUGCUGUGGUUGUUAUAGUAACUUCCUAGUCAUCGCCACUGGCUAGGGAGUAUAGAGAUUGACUGAUGUCCCUCAAUGCAGAUGCUAGUGACGAUGCAUGUUGGUGUCAAAGUGGAGGUUUGUUCUGCUUAGGGAAUUACACCAAGCAGGACAAAUCAACAAAGACUGUGGGAAGAAUGAGGACGGGCUUUACCAAAAGGGCAACACCCACAAAGCUGAAGACCUGACGGCCCUGGAUUGAAGGUAAGGUGAGUCUAUCUCAUUGAAUACUUUAUGUAUGUCUGUGAUACAUGAUGUAUUCAAUGUAUUCGAUUUAAAAAAAAAGCAAAUAUAUUUCACAUGUAUUUGUCAGUGCCAGACAGCUCACUAAAACACGCUUACAGGGAACAUUGGUUGUGUUCUGUUAUAUCACUGAAAGCCACUUUCACUGUUUGCAAACGCUGAAUACAAUUUCAAACUAAGUUGGGGUUUACCACCAUAAAAAAAAAAAAAAAAAAUCACUUUCCUGCCUCUAUCCUUUUCAGACAUGAAUUACAUUGUUUAUCACAUCAUUUAGCAAUGUUCAGAAAAGGUAUCUUGUGUAAUAACCAAACUUGCAUAAAGCGAAGUAUGCCUUUAAAGGUGUCAAUCUUGAUCUUUGUACACUUACAUAUUUCAUUAUAUUCACCGAAUAUUUCCCCCUGUUAAUUACAAUAAGUGUUUAAACCGCCCACGUUCUAGUGUACAGGAUAAAUAAGACUGACUGUAUUAGUCAUUUUCUUUUUUUCUAAUUUCUCUCAUUUACAGCAAAAAACAUCCAGACAUUCAAAACCACUAAAGUGGAGAAACAUGUUGUAUACACGGAGUGUAGGGGGGGUUUUAGCUGGAAAACACAACCCAUCAUUCACAACUAGAACAAAUUAUUUUAUUUACAUAUGCAAAAGUUAAAAAAUAAAUAAAAAUUCAAUUUUUAUUUUUAGUGAAUAACACUGAUUAUUAUUAUUAUUUCCAUCGAGCUCUAAUGUACUAAACAUUUUGUGCUCCUAGAAGAGGGGGGGUCUGUUUUCACUUGAUGUUAAAUGAUUACAGAUACACAAACCAAAAGGGCCAGUGGCAGGAAAUGCUCCACUUUUUCCAUCUGUGAAUAUCCCCAACUUAGUUCUGGUAUUUUUAAUAUGUACAUUGAGAUUUUACAAAGACGUACAUCGAGAUUUUACAAAGACGUAUUCCUUCAUUCUGCAUUAGUUUGCAGUGAUGACGUUUUGCGUGCAGUAGCCACCUUUGUAACUGCAUGAUACUGCGUUAUUCCCUCUGCAUGUUUUACAGAUACCGUUAGAUUUAGCGAUAUGUUUAUGGAACCCACAUACAAGCGCUUCCUGUAUUGUCUUAUGUCAGGUGUGGGCAGCAGUGACUACUACAGCAACAAUUUUAUUGAUGUUUAUGGGAGUUAUAGACUGCCUACUCCUGUGUAUUGCCAUUUAACUCAUUUCAGUCCCAUGAAAACUACUCACAGUGUUUUGUACCUGCAGGGAGAGUGGUGGCGUGAUUUGUAUUUACUUAUUUUUACAGUGCUGACGUGUUGUGCGGAAGAGACAGUCAUCUGUGUGUGAUUGUGUAUAGUAUCAGGAUUGUCUCUGUUAACGAAUGUGGAAUUGUUUGUUUGUCUGCCUGUAACUGAUAUUUUGUAGUAAAAUAAAAGUGGUUGUUCUUUCACUAAAUACCAAACCGUAAGCUUGUAAAGCUGUUUAAAUAUGUGCACACAUAAGAAAUCAAAUGUGCAUAGAUAAAAAAUAUCUUAAAGGGGCAUUCUGAUAAGAGCACUACAGCUCAUUGUAGUGACUUAUGGUGCAGUUAGUGUUUGGGUUCAGUCCUUCUGGCAUCAGUCAUUUUGUUUUUUAAUCGUUUCACAAAAAGUGAAACCUGUGCAAAAUCCAUCCAUUGAGAUCAUUAGCACUUACACGUCAUCUGUCUAUUUCUGGAGAAUAAGAAGUCAAGGUUUAGGAGCUGAGAAGCUAAAUGCAAAGACUGCUUGCACUUUAACCCUACAAUAGGCUCUAGUGUUUACGAUGCCCUGCCUUAUAAGGCAUUAUAUAGAUAACUAAAUUAAAAGAAAAAAAACCAAUAAACUCCACUCCAAUUUGAGAAGCUGCUGCACUUGGACACCAGGAAAAGCCUGGACAGUUGCUGAGUCUUCGGGCUUUGUGUCCGUGACAUACAUGAUAGGACAAUGGAUUCCUACAUGAAGCAUUCGAAGAUCAUUUGCAUGAUUAAUUAACCAGUCCACAGCUGCUUCAGCUGCCAACGUAUAAAACUAAUAUGGCUACAAGCUGAGAUUUGGACAUUCUGCACACGUGGGAACUUCAUUCAGCUGUGAAAUGAAAUGUUCGUUUUCCUAGUUCCUUGAUUUUCAAAAUUUUAGUAAGAAUAAUGGAAAAUGAGGAGUCAAUCUUCUAACUUUGUUUAUUUUUUUAUUUUUAAAAAGGUCUUUUGAAUAAUAUGAUAAAACACUCGAUGGCUUCAAAGUCUGCGUAUACUAAAAUUACAUUUCGUAGCGGAGAUCCUCUUGCCCCAUGAAUCUCCAUCCUUGUCACAGCCUUAUCCUAACAUGAUAUAAUUAAAUGAUGGUGUCUUACUUUGGAUUGUUAUACACUCUGCUCCUUACAGUGUAACCUGACUAAUACACUAUCUUUAAACUGUCAGCUUCACUUAAAUGGACUUUUUGGUGUAAGAGGUGUAAAUAGAGCAAGUUCACUGGAUUUAAAAAGCUUUCUGUUCUAAUAAUUCCAUGGUUCACAAUCCCUGGACCAGAGGACACAUGUAGUGAUGAGUUAGAAUACUGAGCGAUUUGGUGAGUGUGCUGUGUUAGGAUUUGGUUAGUACGUGUGACUUUGUAUAUGGCUAGGAUGUGAUUUAGACUCAAAGUAGCCAUCUAAUAGCCAUUACCACCAUCAACAACAUGUAAUAAUGAUAGUUCUAUGUGUUCUUACGCAAUUUUUCUGUGCCAUGGUCUGCACUAUUUCAAUGUGUACCCUGCAUGUUUUCCUGAAUUUUUAGCAACUGUAUACAUUUUUGUAUUUGCCUGUAUAUCUUUGUGUGUACCUAUAAUGAGACUAAACCAGCUGGAAAAUCAGUAUUAUCAUUAAUUAUUUUCUAAUUUAUUUUAAAAUAGUCUGUCACUUGCACAUCACGUAAUAUAAUUGUGCAUUAUAAGCCUUGAUGAAAUGUUUAUUAAGAAAAACAAAUAUUGGGAGAAAAUAUAUUUCCUAAAUUUAGAUAUUUCUAUUCCUUUGUACUUCGUUCUUGCUUGUUACUGGCACAUCCAAUAAUUAAAUAAUGAAAUAAUAAUAUGAAGUAUUUUACCAGGAAGCAGUGAUUAUUGGCUUGCCUGGUUUUGUAAUAUAUGCUGAGGUGCAGAUAUUUCAAUUUACUUUAAAAAUAAACUUUGAUAUAAGGCAUAAAAGGGAAAUAACACAGGUACAUAAUUGUAAUAUGUAAGCUGGUCAGUCAUCAUCUUACUACCUAGUGUGAAACCACAAAUCCAUCCCCCAGUCUCAUACGCUUUCUCGCUCUCUCUCCCUCACUAACUGGGCCAUCAGACUGAUGAAGCUGCUAGUUCCGAAUCCGUAGCAUCUUGUCGCAGUCCGGACAGUAUGGGGAUCUAUGCUCCAGACAGUGAUUGUUAUGAAGUUCUCACUGUCAUAGGUGGGUUUGACAUUAUCUGUACAGUCUAGGCCAAAUGGCUGUGAAUGUUGUAGUACAGGAGGUAAAGCAUCACCGAUUCUUUUCAAGCACCGACAGAUAGCAUCAUGCGGAGGAAAAUGUAGAGGGAUAGUUCAAAGAGACUGAUGAGUCUGUUGAAUGUAUAUAGGACAUUCUACAUUAUUUGAAUUAUACGAUUCUUAUUGGGUGAACACACAGAGCCGCCAAUCGGAAUACAAUUUUGAUUUCAAGAAAAAAAUACUCCUUUUAAGUAAUAUUAUUUUUAUUUGUUAUAUACUGUAAAGAAAUACACCAUAUUGAACACUGUGCAUUUGCUGCAUAUCUCCUUCUUCCCAGAUUCUGCAAUUGGACUGGCUCAGACCAGAAUGUGACUCGGACAGUCAUGAUCUUCACUUACAGGAACACUGCAAGCACAAUAACGGUUAUAGUGAGCUGCAGUAAUUAUGGUGCUUGGAGAGCCCCUGUUUCUAUAUCACUGCGGAGCUUAUUCUGUAAGCCGUGCUUUAGUGUUCCACAAUAUAAAGCUAAAAUUUGACAUUUUGUACAAUUUUUUUAUUUUUAUUUUUUUAAACGUCAUAUUUAUUUUGAGUAAAAAGGCAUUCAGUGACCACAAAAGGCUAGGGAUUGACUGAGUGACGUGUUAGUUCCUGGGUUGAUCAGGUGUAACUAGAGGUGCCAAAAUAGACCUUUAAAUAAGAGUUGUGGUAUUUGACCAUUAUCUUUAUGGACUAAUAAAGGAAUGGCAAAUAUAAAUAGGAAAAACAGGGGUAUUACAGACGGUUCUCCUGCUUCGUGCCAUAGUCUAUAACCUUUGGUAUGUACAGUGUAUUAAUCACUUUUUUUUCCCCCCACUCAGGGAAAGGUUUUGAGGAGCUGAUGACGGUGAAUUUAGCACGUUACAAACCUUCCGGAGAGUAUGUUUGUAUCAGGAGGGUGAAUAUGGAGUCCUGUACCAAUGACAUGGUAUCUUUCCUACAGGUAAAAUAAUUACUUGUCUUUUGCCAUGUGUACGAAAUCUUAUCAGAGGAGAGCAUAAAGAAAGAGUGGAAGGAGAUGUUGGAGUCAGUGAUGUUUUUGCCUACCUUGUUGGCCAAAAUAGGAGACACUAAGGGUUCCAAGGAAUAAAAUACAUUGUAGUCAAAGCUAGCUGAACUGGAGAAUGUUAGCCUAAAAUAUAUUCCCACGGUCAGUUCCCAGUUUAAAAACCCCGCGAGUGUCUCACAAUACUUUAUAUCUACUUUAAUUUUAUUUAUUUUACAAACCUUACACGCAUAUAGAGACAUACAAAAGCAUGCUGUGCAAUAUUAUUUAUGUUGUACCCGUAGAAGGUAAAGUCAUUCACCACUCAGUGUAGGAUAUUGCAUCUUACUGGUGUGGGUUCUCAACAUCCUGUUUUGUGAUUCUGUCUUUUUCCUCAGACUGAACUCCAUGUGUCCAAGUUGUUCAACCAUCCCAAUAUUCUUCCCUACAGAGCUACCUUCAUAGCAGAUAAUGAGCUUUGGGUUGUGACCCCCUUUAUGGCAUAUGGUAAGGGGGACUGUGACCUUGAAUUGAGUUAAGGGUAUGAUUAGCAAGUAUGAUAGCAGGUUGUGAUUAGAUAAACCAGCACUCGUCUAAUAUGAAAGUAACUGGGAUUUUAGUAGUUAAUCAUAUUGGAGAAGCUCACAGCUUCUCAAGGUUUGGCAGCUUUGAAGUUGCAGUGAGCGGCUUAAUUGGUACCCAUAUUAUCUGGUAACAACAACUUGCUUUCUCAUGUGGAGGUAACGAGGAGGCCGUAGAGAUGAGUUUUACAUAUUAGUCCUGAAAGCAGAAUGUUUGGGUUUUUCCGUCAGGUUCAGCCAAAGAUCUAAUUUCUACACAUUUCACUGAUGGAAUGAGUGAGCUUGCCAUCGCUUACAUCCUUUUGGGGGUCCUGAAAGCGUUGGACUACAUUCAUCAUAUGGGAUAUGUGCACAGGUAAAACAGAAAAAUAACUGAUUUCCUGUCCCUUAACUCUCUUCUGUCUGUCUGUUGGGGGCGCUAGUAUGUUUCAUAGAUUUUUUUUUUUUUUUAUCAGCGUGCAAUUCUAGUGUCUCCAUUUGUUCUUAUUUGCAGGAGUGUGAAGGCAAGUCACAUUCUGAUUUCAGUGGAUGGGAAGGUUUAUCUUUCUGGCCUACGGAGUAUCCUCAGUAUGAUAAAUCAUGGACAGCGUGUUAAAGUGGUUCAUGACUUCCCUAAGCACAGUGCCCGAGUUCUCCCCUGGCUUAGCCCUGAGGUCUUACAGCAGGUAAAGAAUGAAGCAUACUCCAUAGUGUCAAACCGGGAAUUAAAUCAAUAUUAAAGUGGAUCUGUCACCCUCUCCCCGCAGCAAAAAAUAAGCAUUUCAUAAAAUCUUUACGAAAUGCUUAUAAAGACUGUGUUGGAAUUUCACUGAAAUUUCAACCCAUUCAAACAAUAUCAUAGGGACUACUUUGUCGUAUGUAUUUUAAUUACGCUUGACAAAAUAAUGGAGCUGCUGAUGUCUGAGGAAAAGCAGGCUCUGUCUAUGGAGGAUUUUGCAAUCUCAUGGGAUCCUUCAUAGACAUCAGUUUUGUACUCUCACGCACUGGCAUCGGUUCCUGGCAGAUGAAGCAACAGGAGCCAAGAAGGACCUCACAGAAGCAGAUGGCAGCAACUGCAACGGACAGGCUCAGGUAAGUACAAACUACUUGGGGCCACUAGAAUGCAAGUAGAGUAAUCACCACCUGGGGUCUUUGCAAAAUAUGCAAAGACCCCAGAAGGUGACAGAGCCACUUUAAGAAUAACUUUGUCACACUGAUGUGUGUUCUUUUUCAUCUAAAACAGAACCUUCAGGGAUAUGACGCCAAAUCUGAUAUAUACAGUGUGGGGAUCACAGCAUGUGAGCUUGCCAAUGGCCAUGUGCCAUUUAAAGACAUGCCCGCCACACAGGUAAUAUGUACUCAUUAUUAUAUCCACAUUGACGUCUUUACACCACAUGUAAGUCUUUGUCACUGCUUACCCUUUUCUGCUCCACCUCAGAUGCUCCUGGAGAAGUUAAACGGUACAGUUCCUUGUUUGCUUGACACUGCUACCAUUCCUGCCUCCGAACUAACUAUGAAAACCUCACGCUCAGGAGCCGACUCUGGCAUAGGAGAGGGGACCUCCUGUCGUCCUUCUAAUGGGGAGCCGUCAAUGCACCCUUAUAACCGAAGCUUCUCCUCUCACUUUCAUAACUUGGUAGAGCAAUGUCUGCAGAGGAACCCUGAUCUCAGGUGAGAGGUGCUUGGAGCAGGUAUAAGACUCCUCUGGUAAAGCUCUGUAUGUCUUAAGUCCCUGGCGUGACCCAUACAGUGUGUACAUAUACAUGGCAUUAUUUUAGGAUGCACAAAAUUACCUUUCUAUUUAUUUUAAUAAGCUGGAUCUGUGAAUCCAAACUGGUGACUUUUAGACUAUUGGCCCAGCCCAGCUAGAUCUUAAACAUCAAAAUCUAUCAUUUGUUAAUCUAAAAUAUUGGAUGUGCUAAAUGUAAAUGAAUAUUUAGCGCAAUCUAUGAAGAAUCUGGAGAAUUUUGCAGUUCUGUUUGGUUCAGUUGUACCUGGACAAAAUUGUCUAUAAGCUACAAAUGCUUGGUAACCUAUUCAUCAUGGAGGACUGCAUAGUAACACAUAAUAUGCUUGGCAUAUUCUUCCAGCUGAAUUGGCAGAUAAUGCUGUUUCACUGAUUUCUAAUCUAAAAAUGGGAAGCUUUGUUUCCAGCUCCAGACUGGACGGAUCACUUGGUUUUACCAAAGAACAGAUUGUUAAGAUGUAAUUGAUUUUAAUUAUAUCACUUUAAACUUUGCUUAUAAUAACAAAUAACAAAAUAUACAUUUAAAAAACAAAAAUGGUGUAAAUCUGGAGAAUAUCUCCCCACAAAUGCCAAUUACAUGUGAACAUGUAAAAUAAUGGGUUUGGUGUAAAUGUCCGUGUCACUGUAAUAGAUCUGUAUGGAUUUUCUUCUAUAAAGACAUUGUUUAGUGCUUGAGUACCGUAUAUACUCGAGUAUAAGACGAGUUUUUCGGCACAUUUUUUGUGCUGAAAAAGCACCACUCGUCUUAUACUCGAGUCAAGGUCUGUAUUUUGGCAACAUACAUUGCCAUAAUACAGACCAGGACCGCUGGGCUCGUUACAAGCCCAGCGGUCCUGUUGGGGGCUGGCAGCAAGCUGUUACUUACUUUUACAGCAGCUCCUGUCAGCUACCUUCACCUCCGUGCAGCUCCCCUGUCAACUCCGUUCUGCCCACAGUGUAAGUCUUGCGACACCCGCGGCCUUCAGUGCCGUGGCAACGCUCCGCGCGGCACGCAGACCGCGAGACUUAGACUGUGUAAACGUCCAUAGCCUCUGUAUUAGGAUCCUCAAUUGAAAUAACCUAUUUUGCUAAAAUUCUACUUAUUCUAUCUAUUAUAAUGGUUGAUGGCUCUAGUAAAAGCGCCAGCUUACAUCCAACUGAUUCUCCGAUUCCACGUACACUGGUGUAAUAUACAUCCUUUCUCGUUUACAGGCCAAACGCUGGCACCCUCCUCAAUCAUUCCUUCUUCAAACAGGUGAGGAUCCCAUGAAUUGGAUGACAGACUAUGACCAAUGUGAAAUUUAUAGAUGCUCCUUUUAUGAAAGAAAAAAAACCCACUAAAAAUGGGGCUCUACCUAGAUUUAUAAUGGAGAAUUUACACUUCCACAUUAUCUUCACCUUUGUCAAACCUGAGCGACAGUGAUUGGCUGGGACAGGCUAGAUCGGUACUUCAGCCAAUCACUGCUAGCCAUGUUGUUUGGGGGUUUUUUUUGUUUUGUUUUUUUGGUCAGACUAAAUAGUUUAGGAAAAUAAUACAGAGGGUUGUUUCCAUUGACUCUUGGCACCGUUAAUCAAUACAUGAAAAAAUUUAUUUAAAAAUUAAAAACUUGGCUACUUUUCCAUUCAUGUAUUUUGGCUUAAUAUGUGCAUACCCUCAUUUUACAUUUGCAUCAGAAAACAAUAUAGUGAUACUGUUCUGAUGGUUGUGAGUGAAAUACAGAUACCAGAAUUUUUAGACUUUUUUUUACGGCUGAACGUGAAGCAGCAAUUUAGACACCCUAACAGCCUCAUUACAAUGAAGUUGUUAUGAUGCAAGAAAAUCCUGGCUUUGUCUUACCAUAACAGAUUAAAGCAACAGUGAACGGUUUAUCCCCAAAGUCUCGAAGUCGUCGACCGAUCACUCUGACCCUCCACUUCCUUUGAAAAUCUAAAGCUUAAAUCUGGAAGCCCUUGGACAGGACACGGCUAAUAGACUGAGAGCGUCAACUGUCGCUCUCAACCUAUGACUAGCUUCCCAUUCAGAAAAGUGUCCGGUCCAAAGCUUCCUGUUUUCAGGAAGCCUCAGACCUUCAGAGGUUGUGGAGGGACCGAGCGUAGCUUGAGAGAUUGUUUUUAUUUAAUAUAACCUCUGGUAAUACCUAUCGCCUCAAUCAACAAUCCUUUUCAUUGUGUAACUUGCAGAUAAAGCGCAGGGCAUGUGAAGCACUUCCGGAGCUCCUGCGGCCUGUUUCACCAAUCACCAACUUCGAGGGAGCACAAUGUUCGGAUCCCCAGGGCAUGGCAGGAGUGGUAUCCAGCUUGGAGCAGCUUGAUGUGGAGGACUGGGACUUUUAAGGGAUCGAGGGCCAUUGAAAGCCUGUUCAUGUUUACACUGCACAGACCCCAGGGGUUUGCACUUCGGAUUGGAGUGGGUGGAGGGGUGCAUGAAAUGAAACUUUUCAACACCACAAGUCUUAGAAAUCAUUGCACCGUGCCUAGCGAUGGGGUUAACCGUUGAUGUGGCAGCACUUGACUAUACUUUGUAAAGUGUCCCCCCUCUUAACCUCACACUUUUCAUCUCCUAUAUGUUUAAAGUGGACCGGUUACCAAAAAUCACUUUACAUUAAGUGUAUAAAGACUGUCUGACAAGGUUGUUCACUCAACUGAGAAUCCAAAGUAAAUUUUAACUUUAAAGCCAAACUAUCCAAACUGGAGAGAUUCUAAGUCCGCUAUGCAUCCAGUUCGACUACUUUUGGCCUUAAAUUUACAAUUCACUUUGAAUUGUUACUUUAAUUGUUAAUCCUGUGAGUGUUGUAUUUUUUUUUUAUCAGCGGUUUAAGUUACUUUACUUGUAAAUUUCAGACUUUUAUAAAAACAAAAAAACAAAAAAAACACCACUUUUUUCCCCACCACUCUUCUUCAGGACCGGUCGAAUUCACUGCUCACAAAACUAAAGCGAUGACCAAUCAGUCGGAAGCAAUGAAAGAUUUCAGACAGUAAAAGGCAGGUAGCUUGCGUUUCACAUUAAACCGCUCUGACUGCUGAAUGUUGUUUUUCCCCAGCAUCUAUAUGUCAAGUUUUGGUUAAUGUUAUUUUAUUUCCUUUUAGCACUUAAUGAGUUUCCACUGUUCUUUAGCGGUUAGGCCUGUUUAACCAAUGGGGUUUCUAACCUUCAUUCCAGCAUUAAAAUCAGGUCAACGUUUAUGACGGUCAUUUUUGCACACUUUCUCAAUGUCUUGUUUUCAUUGUGAUGUAGUCAAGAUCUGUCUUAACUCUUUCAGGACUGGGCAUAUCUCACAUCCGACUUAAAGGGAUUUUUUUUUCUUUAUCUUUCUACUUAGCUAUUUAUUUAUUAUCUCCUAUUUACUUGCUACUCUUGUCAUUAGACAUUAAUAUGAGGCUCUUGAGACCUAACGUCAAUCAUUUCUGCUUCUGUAGCCAUAGUAAUUGGAUUCUCUAGUAUGCAUUUUCAUUUGAGUUGCCAUUUUUCUUAUUCAUAACUUUUUAUAAAAAAAAACAACUUUUUACUGUACAUUAAAAUAGGCAGUGUGGCAACACUAAAGUAAGCUAUGAUCAAUAUACAAUCCCGUUACAACACUGUUUUUGUCUCUGGAAUUUUUUUGCUUUUCUGGAUUGGAGAUUUCUCUUUUCUCGUGAGAGAAAAAUGACAGAGUAGUUGGAACCAAAGAGGAAAAAGGAUGGAUCCAGUCCAUCCGAGAAUGCAUCAAUUCCCCUCAUACCUAGGGAAGGAUGGCUUGCCUAGGAGAAACCCAAUAUACACCCAACCCUCCAGGUCUAGUAUGUUAAUCCAUACAUAAGUAUGUCUUGAAAUAGGUGUGUUCAUACUUUCAAAUGGGGAUGUUUGACGUGUCCUUUUAUGGCAUUUGGUUUGAUAAUUUAUUCGUAGGUCCUGCUUUUUUCCCCAUUGGGAAUGUUUAACACAAUGGAAUCAGAGGGAUUACGAUAUAUAAACAAGACACUGUUACACACUUCCUGUUGCCAAAAUAAAUAAACUUUAGAUGUUUCACCUAUUCCUUUUGCCAUUUGUGUGAAUGAGCUCUGUUUUCACAGACCUAAACCUCAUCUGUUUACUGUCUGCAAUAAAAUAUAUAUAUAUAU